GAUAGAUGGCUCAACUUGACUCAAGAGGUCGUUUGCUUUGGAGCGCGUGAUAGCAAGUUUGCUUCAGUUGUGAUACCUUUGGAAGGCUUUCUUACCUCACUCAAGCUGAUUCACGUGACUGGUCACGUGUCAUGCGACCCAAAUGCCCCUCAACAUGACAGGAAAUGGGGCUGUUCUCGAAGCCAUCCCAAACUAGGCAGAACCCCCUUCAAUAUUGUCGUUACAGCCGGCAAACACAAUGGAAUCCUUUUUCCAAUAGACCUUUUUAUGAAAGAUUCGAAAAAAGAAUCUCUGUGGUACGACAUAACGGAUGCGGAUCCUGACGCGCUGGAACUGGUCCUUGGAGAUUUGUCAUAUCCUUACUACGUCACUUCCGGACAAGAGCUUCGAAUCUGGCUAGGGAAGGACUACCAGAAUGUUGGCAAGGUAGAAGUCGAAGGGAAAGUUUGCUUCGCUGUCAAGGGAUGGUUCAUUUAGUAGGUCGCGAUUCUUAAACUUUAGUAGCUGCAGUCAAAAUUAUUUGAGACAUUUUAGCAUCGUCCGUUUAGGCCCCUUUCAGUAACGUUCAAUUUGGAUUAAAGUAAUAUUUUACAUAUCAUCAUCAUUAUCAUCAUCAUCAUCAUCGUCAUCAUCAUUAUCAUCAUCAUCAUCAUCAUCAUUGCUAAUAUUAUUUUCAUGAAAGUAAUGACAGGAAGCAAAUUUGAAUAACGGUCUCAAUUGAAAACCUGGGAGACCCCUGCAGUGACUAACUGGCUGCCUUGUCUACUUAUCAAAUGAAGAUACUAAAGUUCCAGGUUCUUAUUGUUACGGAGACAAACAUAUGACUGCUCGCAGAUCAGAGUUUCCAUGACCACUCAGAUUUAAAUACAUAACUUUAAAUUUGUAGAAAUGUCAGUUUACAGUAAUGUUGUAGUAUAACAAAAAAAACCAGAAAUAAACAAAAAAUACAAGCUUCUUCCCUUUCAAAUGUUUACUAUAUAUGUAGUGUCGCCACCAUAUCGAUAGAAAGUAGAUUCUGUCAGUUUAAGAACUCCGAGCAUUUUGAUUCUCUGACUGGCUGAAACAUUUUUGCUGAAGGCUUUCUUCCUUAGAGUGCACAAUUCUGUUUAUUACUUUUAGUUAAAUAAUGGAUUCAGUGUUUAGGCAGUGUUAAGACUGUAUCUGUAUAUGUAAUAAAUUAAGUGGGUCAUGCAUAGUGUUGUCAGCUCUAUUAUUUUUCCCUUUUUGCUAAUUAGACCUAUUGAUUUUUUUCUCCGUUCUCGUUACCUAAGCCGUUCAGCAUUAUGUGAUUUUAUUUUUCACAUGGUGCUAUUUAUUUAGUUGGUAGGUCUAACUUUUACGUCUGUGAAUGAAAUCCUAUGGUGUUACCAUUCAAAUGAAACCUCUUCAGCAGUACUUUCACAUAGUGCUAUUUAUUUAGUAUGUAGUUCUAACUUUUGCGUUGUGGAUGAAAUCCAAAGGUGUGACUAUUCAAAUGAAACCUCUUCAGCAGUACUUUCACAUGCUACUAUUUACUUAGUAUGGGGUUCUUCGAGGUCUGUGGAUGAAAUCGUAUGGUUUGACCAUACACAUAAAACCUCUUCGGUAGUGCGUUUACAUUUUAAGUAAUAUAUCAAACAUGAGAUGCAGUGUUUCAUCACCAGAUGAAACACCGAGAAGAGAGUUGAAAAUACGACGCGCAGCGGAGUAUUUUUGACGAACUUCGAGGUGUUUCAUCUGGUGAUGAAACACUGUGUCGAAUGUUUGAUAUUUCUUCUCAAACAAAAUCAUUUUUGAAGGAGAAAUUAAGGAUGCAAAUACUAAGCAGUGUUUCAUCCGAUUUCCAAACACUCAUUAAACAUUAAUUUCCUUUGUAUUUUCUUAAUGAAUUAUUAAUGAGUUUGAGAAGGUUUUAUCUAGUAUUUGAAACUGAAUUUGGAAUCUUAGUAAAAAUUCUAGUUUAGGUUGGUUGGGGGAGUGUCAUCGCUCGUAAGGUAUGAACCAUCAUAUUUUUUUCUCAGUUGUGUAGAAGCUGCUCGUAAGGUCUCUCCUGAUUGGUCGCAGAAAACAAUGACACGUCAUUCUUUCAAUUGUUUCAGUAUUGUUUGGGGUCACGGUUUGGCAACAUUGGUGACUUCUCUUCUUAGCGGCUGCUACAUGACAAGUCUGCAGAUGUGUUUCAUAUUCAAAUUGUGUGUACUUGUUACGGCCCCUGAAAUAACGAGUAAACUCAAAUUUGUUUUGGCUUCAUCUGUUUUCGUUUGUUCAUUCUUCUAUUUAUCAACAUCGUUUUCUUAGAUCCGGCAACUGAACUCUUUGUUUCCAACAGUCGUGCCAUCAAAUGAUCUAAAAUUUUAGGUAGAUAUUUAUUGGGUCGAAAAAAGAUAAAAUAUUCGGGCGAUAUUUAUUUGGGUCGAAAAAAGGUUAAAUAUUACAACUCUGGGAAGACCUCACGGGAUUGGCUGGGAAAACAAUGAACAAAAAUAUUUAACAAUGGAACCUAACCCGAAAACGUAAGAGCUACAACAUAUUGGGGUCCAGUAGAAAUUAGAGGUUCUGAAGAGCUGUAAGGCUACAGGGGUCGAAAAUAGACGACGAGUUGGUUCGGAGAAGUCUUUUUUUCCCGAAAAAAAAAGAACGUUUCAUGGAUAGCGGCUCCCCUACUGACAGGCAUACUAUUUUUAAGGAAAAAUAUAACUUGCUCAGAUCACAGUUUAUUUGAAGAGGACAAGACCGAGCUUAUCGGAAGCUAAAAAAAAGGAGAUAAAGUGUAUGUAGUAGACACGUACAAGUACGAUAGUAUCAACAUCAAACGACGUAUAAACUGUGAGGGUACCAAUAAUAAUUUUAAAUUACACGAAAGGUUUGACUCCAUCCGACUUUUCGACAUUUUAGACAAACAUUCCUAUCACCUCUAUUUUUGUUUUUUCAUCAGUAAUUUAAUCAAUCCCUUUUGAACUGACAUCUGCAACGAUAAAUUUUAAUUAAAUUGUUCUAUGGUAAUACACAAAUAAAAUUUCUAGGAGAUUAUUGCUUUCCGGUUUCAGGGGCAUUCUCUUUUUUUAAGUACCGUAAUUGUCUAGCUAAAAGGUCUUCCUUUUCCUGUUUUUCUUGGCAUUGAGAUCAAGAGUCAGUCAAGAAGACUGAAGUUAAUUUUGUUCUACAGGAAAGCUAAAUAAUUCACGACAUCUUGCGCAAAGUUAUUUCUUCUGAGUUAUUAUCAUCAUAGAAAAUUAUAUUUAAAAUGGCCAAUGAGAAAGGAUUUCAGUCGAGAAAGAAACGCUCGAGGUUCUUUCUUUGUGGAAUAUGUAACGUUGUCUCGAUAGCUGAAAAUACGGCAAAUGAAAAAGACGCCACCGAAGACACUGCUCAGAGAGAUGAAGAAAAGCGUCUGAGUUCUACAAUGGCUCGUAACAAGGAUACUGAACGUUCACUACAUACAGAUACUUCGGAGUCUUCGCUGAAUACGAAACAUUCCAUCUCAAGAGACGUCGAAGAUACAGGAUUAAAAGCACUGGCUCAGACUCAGAGUUCGUCACAAAUGAUGGUGUCUCGUUACGGCGAAGAGGUGGAAACAUUUCGAAGAGCAGAAGGAAAAAUAUGCUGGAACGAGUGUCUCAAAAAGCUGGAAAAUUUUGACAGCGACAAGGACGGAAAAAUAAUUGACAAGGACAGCAGUGAUAGGGGUCUUAUCUCGUCAAAAUCUUCACAGAAAGUCUCAGAAAAAGAAAACCUCAACUGUGAAGAGAUUUCAUCGAAAGGAGAAAUGGCUAGCGGUCCUUCGGAAGCACUACCGGUUGAUGGACUAGAAAAUGAAAAAGACAAUGGAAGGCAGAAACGGAAUUCUUCUCCAAAAGAUUUAAAGACCUUCGUCCCAGUAAGUGGUCACAGCUUGGAGUUAUUUGAGUCUACUGAAGCCAAGAUUGCACCUGAUAAUGAGAAGUCAACAACGGGAAGUCAUGAAAAGACGAACGUGCCCGAAAUUCAAAUAAACGACACUGAAUCCAAACAUGCCUGGCAUGAAGAGGAAAAGCCCUUACCAGGGAGCCGCUGGAAACGUAUCGUUACUCUAAGAACAAACUCAGGCCGUGGGAAAAAAAUGCAACGAGAUUCUGCUACAAUCAACGAGGAGUACGAACUGAUAGUCUCCACUUUGAAAGAGUACGGUGUGUGGUAA